CGUACCUGCCAACAUCUCACAUCGGAAGAGCUCUGCGAUUCUCUCCCACCUGCUCACCUUCAACACAUCCCUAAGCUUUCCCGCGUAUUUCGUACCCCUCGAUUCAUCCCGACUCCCGACUUCUACCUUCAGUCAGCUCAGCCCUUGCUUGGCCUGCAUCCUCUGUCAGCCUGUCGCUUGCCGAUCGCCUCCAUUCCCACACGUCCAAUUUCCUACUCAACUCACGUUUCACCAUCUCAUCGCCUCGCGCGCCUGCCCCGGUUCGCAACCAUGUCCGACGAGUCCAACCACUAUGAAGAGCCCGUCAACGGGCUCCGGCCGUUGUCCAACGCAGACUCCUUCUCCCUGCCCGCCACCGCGCGCGAGCUGUCCAACCACUCAGAGCGGGCAGAGACGGCGCGGGCCAAUGGGCUGCCUCUGGAAGACGCCGACAUCGACGACGAGGACGAGGAAGAGGGGGAAGAGGAGGUCGACGGGGAGUAUGUCGCGGUCGAUCACGACGAUCUCAACGAAUAUCCUUACUGGUUUCGCCGCCCGCCGGUGCAUCAGCGCACCAAGUUGGACGAACUGCACCCCUUCGUGCAGGUUCUGACCGAGUCGAAUGUCGAGGACUGUGUCCAAGUCGAAGAGGCCUUCCCCCAGCAGGAGCGUUGUACGAGCGAAAAGUUCCGCUACCGUCUGAGCCGGUGCCCUGAACUCUGCCUCGGUCUCUUCACUCUUCCCAUCCUCCGCGAGGGCGAGCCCAAGCCACGCCCCACUCUGGUUGGACACAUUAUUGCCACGAGGACCUCAACCCCCGUGGUGACGGACAAGUCGAUGGCGAUGCCGGCCAACUGGCAGACCGAGCGCAUGACCGUGGAGAACGGAGAGACCGUGGGCCACGAUGAGUACGGCAGCACAAUCGCCAUCCACUCGCUCGCUGUAUUGCCCCAACAUCAGGGCAAAUCGGUCGGCAGCACUCUCAUGAAGUCUUAUAUCCAGCGCAUUAAGGACGCGCAGAUUGCCAACCGUCUGGCCAUUAUCGCGCACGGCCACUUGAUUCCUUACUAUGAAUCCUUUGGCUUCGAGAACCGUGGGCCGAGCAAGUGUCAGUUUGGCGGCGGUGGUUGGGUGGACUUGGUGUUCGAUUUCAACAAAGAGUGAAUCCGCGCCCGGGCCUCUUCUUGAUAAUGAUGAUCUAGUGGUGGACGGCCGUGCAACCUUCCCUUGAUGAUUUCUUUGACUCGGAUCUUAGUACCCAUUCCCUCGAUGACGGUUUAUUGCAUUCUUAUGGCUUGAUUACACGGGAUUUCAGUCUUCCUGGUGGGUUUCUGAUAAAAGCAAGGCGUUCUGUCGGGCUACGAUGGGGUUCAGGGACGGGAUGAUGGAGGAUGGAUGAUGAUACGAUGGCCGGAUCGAAACACACCGUGGUUGGUUUUGUCAGG